UGCGGGUGUGGCUCCCGGAGUGUUUUGGGUAGAUAUAAAAUGUGGCGGGUUGUUGACAGCCACACUCGCUCCUGCCGACCCAUCCAGAGUACAAUGAAGUUCCUGCUCGCCCUCCUGGUGGUGGCUACUGUGGCGGCCGUGGCCAUGGCUGGAUAUGGCGGCUACGGCCAUGGUGGCGGUGGCGGCUUUGGCGGCGGCUUUGGUGGCGGCUUUGGCGGACACGGUGGUGGUUAUGGACAUGGCGGCGGCUAUGGCCAUGGCGGCUACGGUGUUGGAGGAGUCUCCCAGAACGUAUACAACCUGUACAGAGGUUACGGGUACGGUUACGGCGGCUAUGGCGGCGGCUUUGGCGGCGGCCGUGGUGGGUAUGGAGGAGGCUAUGGUGGCUACGGACAUGGUGGCGGAUUCGGAGGCUUCGGCGGCGGAUUCGGCGGUGGCUACGGCGGUGGCUACGGGUACGGGAAGUAGGCGGCGGGAACGACAUGUGAGCCUCGACCUGAUGGGACGAGCGGGUUAACCGAGUCAUUGUGCUGUACAUACUCACGCACCGAAUAAACGAUACCAAACUAC